CCUAUUAGGGAUUUUCUCUUAAUCCUAAAAAUGCAACACUGCUCGCUAAUCGAUUGUCAAAGUGGCUAUCGGUUAUCGAUGCAAGUUCUUUUCCAAAAGUUUUUCAGUCUUUUAUUUUCCCUGUUUGAGUGUGCAGCAAAAUUGCGGAUCGAGGAUUUUACAGUCGUAAAAUUUGUUUGAUGUAGGCAUUUAAACCACAUUUUUAGUGAAGAAAAAUUCUAACAUAAAAAUUCAGCCAAGAAACGUAAUAAUGCAACAAUUUUAGGAGAAAAACGAUUGCAAACAGUGAACGAAAUUCCAGACUGCACAAACGUCUGCAUCGCAUAUCGCACGGUGAGCAUUCACGGGGCACAUUUAAAUUGUAUUAAAUCACAAAAAGUUCAGAAAAUCGAUUUUUCGUUGAAGAUUAAAUAUAUUUCGGGGCACCUAAAUUUAGUGGGAGUGGAUGAAAAGCAGAGAACAUGUACAGCAUUUGUCCAUGGGGAAAAAGCAAGAGCAAAAAAAUGCUGUGGUAAUAACCGCAAAAUAAAUCGAAGAACAAAUACGACACAAAAAAAAAUAAAGAGACCAACAAAGUCACAAAAGCAGCGGCGGCAUCGCGCCUAAAAAGAAAUAAAAUUGUAUAAAAAUAGAAAUAAACAAAAAUACAAGGCGAACAUCGCGUGUGCGUGUAUAAAGCGAAACGAAAAUUAAAACAUAAAAAUAUGAUAAAAUCAUAUACAUAUACAAAGAUGAUUGAAAAGCAGCACUCUCCUGUGUGUUAAAAAAAAAGUGAAGCAAAAACAAAAAAGAACUUAGCAAAAUCAAAAACGUACGUUGAGAGCUUAAAAAAAAAACUAAUAGAAAAAUAUCAACUAGGCAUACUUAACACGAAUUGAACUUGGCAUAAUUAAGUAGCAAGCCAUCCGCGCAAAUACAGAAUCCAAAGUGAAUUAAACGCUGUGCUCAAUACUGUAGCAAUAAGUAAAAAAUAUUUUUUCAAGGGCCACUUCCGAACAACAAAGUAUUCUAAGGAUCGCCCAACCAGCUUCCGGUGGCAUUAUUGGAUUAUGCUUUUUGAGGAUUUAACUUAGAUUUGAAAAUAUCAUAAUGUUGCAUUGCACAGCACGUCGUCGUGGAGUAUUUCUAUCUCCAUAGAUAUUUAAAAAGUAACAAAGAAAAAGUACAAUUAAAAUAUAAGAAGUCGUCUACUAGCAGCACGUUCCGUAAACAAUUCUAGUCAAAUCUAAGCUCACGAAAAAGUUUAUUUAAUCGAAGCAUUCAAAGGCCAGCAGCGGAGUAGCCGAGAACGAAAGGGCACAAGAAAAAAAAGCGGAAGAAGAAAAGAAGCAAGUGGGACCUUAGAGUCAAAGCCCGAAGCAAAGCAGUAAAGUAUUUGUAAGAAAUAAAAAUAAAUACAAAAAAGAAAAAAGAAAACAACGUCUACCAAAAAAUCCCCUGUGGCAAACUUUCUAAGCGAAAAAGUUAGAAAACCAUGCCAUACAAUCGUGACACAUCGGCAGCUCAGGCCGAUAAAUUGAGCGGCAUCGAGGAGGAGAGCGAUUUGUAUGAGGGCUUUGCACCGCACGUCGACACCGCAGAGAUAAAAAGUUUAGAUUUCUACAAUCAAAAGCCGUCAACCGGCAAAGAACCAGCCUUGCGUUCUUUCACCGAAAUCCAACAACUACUCCAGCAAGGCAAAAAGCGAGAGGUGAAGAGUAUUCUGCGUGAGAAUUCAUGGCCCAUCAACUCACCCAUACGUGCACAACUGUGGCCAGCACUAUGCGCCCAACAUCAGACGAAACAGAAUAUGUUGGAUGGUUUCUACUGGGACAUGGUGCAUCAGGUCUUCGGCACAACAGAGCUAUCUGAAAAACCGAUUAUGUUACCCGCGUUCGUCGAUCCCGCUCACUGUUUAACCUUUCACCUUACUCGCACCGGACGCGCGGUGGCCGAUCGUAUUGUGAAUGUAUUAGGCUAUGAUUGUCCAGAUAUUACAUACAGUCCAGUAUUGUAUCCGAUUACAUCGAUUCUGUUGCAUUUCAUGUCGGAGGAAGAAGCGUAUCAUUGCUUAGCGGCACUUGUGGGCAGCAAGGAUAAAGUAUUUAUAAAGCAAACCAAACUACAGCAUGAAGUCACCUGGAAAACGGUGAUGCAAAUUGCCAAAAAGCACAGCAAAAGUGCCGUAAACUAUUUUCAACGGAUCUGCCCUGGCGUUAAACUGGAACGCGUCUUCAUGGAUUGGUGCUGGUGGAUAUUAGCUGGUCUACCAUUUCAGCAUCUCGUACGAAUUAUGGAUUGCUACUUCCACGAGGGCAUCAAGGUGCUGUAUCGUGUUGCGCUCGUCAUAAUCAAUCUCUUCCACAAAGAGUGUCAAUCCAACAACGAAUGGAGUCCAGAUAAUAUCAAAAAUGACAUUGGUAAUGCGUUGAUCAAAUUCUGCAAGAAGAUACCAGUGUCACCAACGAAAUUAUUGCAUGCCGCAUUUAGUAUUAGGGGACUGAGUUCCACAUAUAUCUCUAGAAUAUUUAUGAAGACUGAAAUGAUACUAAAGAGCCGUUCCGUAUUGAAUAGCGGGUCGAAGCAAUUAGUUAAGUCGCGAUCCAGUGAUAAUUUGCCAUCGAGUCAAUCACAAGUCAAUAUACAAAUGAUGUCGCACACAUUGACCAUACGUGAGCGAUUGUACACCGAGACCUGUCGCAAUUUGGGUGAAAAAUCGCCCGGCCACAGAGCAGUCGCAAUGGGCGUUUAUCCCAUACACAAUCUAAAGAGUCUAGUUUGCUCCGGCGAAGAUCUCUUUACACUCUGGUCAUGGCUGCCCGUCAGAAUAACAAUGUAUCAGCCGGUACUGCUCUAUACCACAGAGGAACAUGGCUGCUCGCUGACUACUUUCUAUGUGCGCGUGGAGCAACAUGAGCCUACGUUAAUGAUGAUCAAAACGUGCAAUAAUGAGGUCUUCGGCGCCUACUGCUCAUCGCGUUGGUUUGAACGCAAUGUCAAAGACGACAAGGGCCAACGACAGGCCUACUUUGGCACCGGCGAAACCUUCCUCUUCUCGCUCUACCCAGAACGUGCCAAAUACCCAUGGGUUGGCAUUGAAAAUGAAAAGGAUUUGGGGCAUGCGUCGGAGCUAUUCAUGGCAGCCGAUUCAAAAAUGAUUACCAUUGGUGGCGGUGAGGGCCAAGCCAUUUGGAUGGAUGAGAAUAUACGUUUUGGCAAAACAGACAGCUGCAAGACAUUCAACAAUCCGCCGCUUUGUCCCUCUGGAGAUUUCGAAAUACGUGUGCUUGAAGUAUAUGGAUUUGAUGGUAUUUAAGCGAAUGGACGCAUACACAAACAUCUAAACAGAAAAAAAGAAAUCAUACACACCUUCCGACAAAGAAUGUGCCACAUAUUUGUAAAGCAUUUGUUGCUCGCAAAGGCUCAAAUGAGGCGCUAAAGCGUUUAGCAACGUGCUUCUGUAUUUUGUUUGUUUUCCUCCUGCCGCGAAGACAAUGAGAGUUCAGUGUGAAACUCUUUGAAUGCUUAACAUGAAAAUAAAGUUAAAAGAAAAGCAAUGAAAAAGCUUAAUGCUUAUGCAGCACUCGCCAAAGAGCCGCUGGCACGAAUUUCAAGCCAACUAAACCAGAUUGGAAGCAUAUAAAAAUUAUUUCAUUCAAAAAUGCCCGCCGAAAAGUCUUCUAUUGAUGAUGAUGAUGAUGUUGAUGAUGAUGAUGGGACAUGUCCAGGAGCACAGAUUGGCGUGAAAUGUUCAAGGCGCAGUAUUUUUCGUAUAAUUAUACUUCAUAUAUAUAACUAUAUACAUACAUACAUAUAUGCAUUAUUAUAAAGUAAUUCUCGUGGCUGAAAUGCCAACGCACUAUUUGAUGAGUGUUAUUAUGCCUAUUACUAUAUAGUUGUAAUAAUCAUUUAUAUACAUAUACAUACACAUAUUGUUGUAGAAUACAGCAGCAUAAAACGGAUAAAAUACUCUAUAUAGGCGUGGUAAAAAGAAGAAAAAAAAUGCAAAAACUAAAACUUUGUUUAGAUGUAUAGAAAAAUGAAAUGAAGUUGGAAUAAAAACGCAUGGCGUUGACAAACAAACAGUACAUACAUCCCGACAUAAAAAAUGAUUGCGUAAAAAUUGUACAUGUUGGAAAAUUUUUUGAUAGCUUGCAGUGCAGUGGAGCUUGAGCAAGCGUAGUAAAUAACAGUUAUAGAGAAAUGCGGCAAAUGGAUGUGUAAUAAUACAAACCCACACACAAACAUAUAUAUGUAUAAACAUGUGCUCAUGAAUAUGACGUUAAUCUUGAAGUUUAGUAAUACAUACAUACAAGUAAGUUUAGCAGCUAAGCACCGAGUCUCUAAACAUUGAGGGUUGUGCUUCAUAAAAUCAUAACACUUGUUGGUAUUUUGUUAUAUUGAAAUUCUUUUUUGUUUCAAAUUUUCCAAGCAUUUGCCAAACGAAAUUAGUGCAUAUUAGGUAGGAGAAAAUAAUUUCUGGCGUGAACUCCGUUAACUUUAAUGUUUUUGUUUUGUACAUCUUAUAAUUUACAGAAACCGGUAUUGAUUUGUAUAAUGUCACAGGUGACCCUGAACAGCUAUCACGAAUAGAUGCAUAUCAAAUUAAUUAUGUAGCUAGAUCACUGAAUAAGACGUGAAUGUUUGAGGAGAAGUUAAAGCCAAAAAGCAACAAGGUGAAAAGAAACGUAGAAUCGAAGAGUGAAUUUUGUUUUCCAAAUAUGAACUUUUGUAUGGUAUGAUUAAAUUUGAUUUAUUUAUAAUUGCUUACAUUUUGUUAUAAUCCUUCGCGCUAGAAUUAAUCAAUGUUCGAUACCACAGCAGAUAUGUUUAUACUUCAAGCUAAUGCUAUGCAUUUAGAAAAGCUACGCGGUAACUUCAUUUAAAGUUGGUAAACGUUUUCAAAGCGUCUAAAGUGUUAGUUACCUUAUUAUAAUAUUCUUUUUUAGAGCUUCAUAUGAUUUAACUUCCGUUUAUGAUUUCGAAUUUUCGGCUUCUUUUAGUAACCGGUUCUGAAAUUUUGAGUUGCAUGAGUUUACCAAAUGCAUUGAUAAUUGGCAUUUACGCCUGUUAAAAGAGCUCUGAUAAAUCCUUUGAUUUUUGAUUUCUACCUUAAAGUGGCAUUCGAUUGAGUGAUGACAGCGGGAGAAGGAGAAAUAGGAGCGCCGAAGUGUGCUAAUUGCUGUUGAGAAGGUAUCUAUGCAUUGCGUGAAGUAUAAUCAUGUCUAUGUUUCUUGUGCAAUGUAUGUUAAGUAUGCCAUAACUACUGAACCUUAAAUCUGGGGUUGGAAAACAUUUAAACGCUGGCAUCGUCACAUUUCGAUGAAAAGCAGAGAAGGGCAAUUGUUAAGAAGGAAGGCAAUUAAUUUCGAACUGAUCAUUAUAAUUUCUUUUGUAUUGUUUUUUUUUAUUCACGCUAAAGAAUAUAGUUUUAAUUUUACUUCGUUUCAUCACUCUUUCUGUUCUAUGUAAUUACGGAUGCUAUUUCUGAAUUACAAUGUAAGGAAUUGUCAAGAAAAUAUUGAAUUGUAUUAUUUAUUUGUACUUUUAAGAUGCGUAAUUUUUUAUGACAGAUAAUUUCGUGGCUUUUAAUUUCAUGGUUGUUAGUUGAUUACUUUUUUUUUAUGUACGAUAUGGAAGAUAAGAUUGAAAUGCUAAUUACUUUUGAGAAUUUGCAUUGAAAUGAACUGCUCAAUUUUUUCGAGCACAUUAAGAAAUAUAAGUAUAUAACACAAAAUAUGUACGAUACCUAUACUAACUAAUAGGUAUUGUAAAUAUGUAUGUAUUGAUGAUAACUGUACUAAAUUCUGCAUUAAUAAAUUUGUAUAAUAAUGAAUUAUAGGCAUAUAAACCAGUCCACUUUGCGCUAACCGACAAUGAAUAUUAAUACUAGAUAUAUUUAUGUACGACAACAAACGAGGAACAUACAUUAAAAAAAAACAAUAAUUUUCUGUAGAUUACUAAGCGUUUAAGAGAUUUACUUUAUAGACAUUAGUGAAUAUAUAUAUUAGUGUAAAACGAGAAUAAGUUAUUAUCUGUGGUCUUUGUUAUUGUUCAGACAAAAAAACCCUAAUCCUGCACAGACAUUCUAUAGCACUUUAAAUAACACUCUAUAUAAUAUGUUGAAAAAAGCAAACAAGCAGCGUAUUUUUAAACCAAGUGAACCGUCAAGAAAAGAUCAAUUUGCAUUGAUAAUGAGUGCCUGUAAGAAGGGUAAUUGAAAUCGCAAGUUUUUUAUCUGACAAAUUGCUCUAUAAAAAUCCAACUUGCUGGCCACAAAUUUUCAGUUAGCAGCGCUCGUUCUAUAUAUUUAAUUGACUGUCGACACCCUGCUUAUCAUUUUAAAAAUUUAUUUAAAGUUUUUUCUGUUGACCCAUUGCACUUGGUUCUUUUUUACCUCACUUUUAUUAGCUUGGGAUGUAACUAUAUAGCAUUUAUGCGCCUACACGAAGCAGCGAUUUCCGUUCUCAAGUUACAUACCUGAUGACAGUACGAAUUGUAAUUGCUUUAAAUUUCCAUUCUUAAAGUAACCUGAUGACA